GCCUCUACCGACUCACUCACCCUCUCAACCAGUUAAUCCAAAGGCCUCCCCAGUCCCACGAUUCAUCAACUCAUCAGCCAGCCACCACCAGCUGCAGCAGGCAGCAGCUCCUACCAUCACCGAACUCCUCUCCUCGGCCAGAGCUCACCGUCGCCGCCGGAAUUGUGACUGACAGAGGGUGCCAACGCCGAACGUCUCUGCCACUCACCCUCUUCUCCUCGCCGUGGAAUCUCUGCUCGGAGCGCUUCUCGUUGCCAUCGCGAACUGCUCCUGCUCGGCUGUCGUCUCCUCGCCAUAACGAGCUCUGUUCCCGGCAUCUCUCUCUUCAAGCUCUCUCUCUCUAUCUCUACGACGUUACUUGUCAGCGCCGUGUUCCUCCGAGCUCACACUGUCACCACCGUUCCUCCCUCGGCGUCUCACCGAACCUUGCUAGUGAGGGUUUGAGUUUAGGGUUUGGGUGAUGAUGGCGUUCUUCAGUGGAGCUCAGCGAUUUCUUUGGCAGUCUUCUUCAGUUGUGGCCUCCCACUUCACCUCUACUCGUUUCACUUCGACUCUUACUUCCCCAAAACUCUUCAUCAGCGGUCUUUCAAGACUGACAACAGAUGAAAAACUUACUGAAGCGUUUUCUCCUUUCGGGCAGCUGCUUGAAGCAAAGGUUAUAAUGGAUAGAGCCUCUGGACGGUCAAAGGGAUACGGAUUUGUAACUUAUGCGACCGUAGAAGAUGCUGAAAAGGCGAGAGCCGGAAUGAAUGCUAAAUUUAUUGAUGGAUGGGUUAUAUUUGUUGAUCCUGCCAAACCAAGAGAGCCCAGACCUCCUCAGCAGCCACAGUCUCAGCCCUCUGGAGCUGGUUUCACGGUUAACAAGACAAUUGGAUGGUGUGGUUGAUAUUCAUUAUUGAAUAAAAUAAACCUUGAUUCAUGUUGUGAGAUUUCAAAAGACCAUAUAUAAUUUAAAUCCGCCAAUUAUUAUAUACUAUAGUUUCUGGAGGAAUUUUUGUAUCAGACAAUUAUAAUUUGUAACUGGGGAUUGUACUUUAGCCGUAAGGCAUUACUAUUCGGAAGAUUUUGAUGUCCAUUGGAAAUUAAAUGCACCACUUCCCUUGCUAAGAGGACAUGGAAACAA